UUUAGACAAAAAUCGGGUUGCCUUGGUUUGUCCUCGUUGCUUUAAAGUGGAUAAGAACUUGACAACUCAUCUACGGAGGACGUCUAUGAGAUUUAGCUCAUUGGAAGAGAUCCGUGAAGUUGCACAUACUGCUCGGCGUCGCUUGUGGGACAUUGCAGAGAAGGCUACCAUAUUUGAUUACCAUGAGAUCCAGAAGCUUACCUCCCCUGCUGUAUUCUAUGCCUUUUUGGAAAGUAAAGGUUUUUACAUAGUGAACAAACCCGGGAAACUGCUGAACCUAUAACAACACCAUCAACUUCUGCUGCUGUUUCAGCCCCAGAUCAAGAAGAACAGGCUCCAGAAACAGGAGCAACUUAUCCACUGUCCUGUCUGUUAAGACGUGAACCUAUGGAGGAAACUACCAUGCUAAGCUUGGUAACUACAGAAGUGGUGCCUCCUGAACUUGCCGUAGAAAACUCUGAACUGAAAUUCCCACCAGAAACAGACCUUUCCCAUGCUGUUCAGGCUGCAUCAGUUUUAGGAGAAACAUCCAUUUGUUUAGAAGAGGAGCAAGGAGCAGCAGAAAAUAUGGAAAUCAUAAAGCAUCAACACAUGGACAUUGACAGCCCAGAGGAAGAUCAAGGCUUAGAGAGGGCUGUGAAAAUGAAUUGGACUUCAGAAACAAGGCUGAAAAUGAAGGAAGCUGGAUUGUACAAUCGGCAUCCGUCGUCGGCCUCACUCCUGAAAGCAUUCACAAAUUUUCUGACAUGUAUAUUGGGUGUCACUAGGUACAAACAGGAGGUGGAAAACGUGGCUAGGUUCCUUUAUUUUAUGAACCCACAAGAUGCUAACUUGGCAUUUGUGAAAGACAUCCAAAGGACCAAUGAGUUUUUCUUGAAACUGCAAAAGAUUGUCUCGCACCAGACAAUGUUCAGCUAUUUGAAGCAUCUGAGGCGAUUCGUAAACUUCCAGAUUGACAACACCAACUUGUUCUCAACUGAUCUUUUCAUGCACAAUGCCUGCAACAACUUUAUCAAAGCCACCGAUGCCCUUCAAAAAAGGCUCAGUAAGGAAAUAUCCCGGGAAGUUGUCAAGAAAAGGUACGAUUCCUUGACCCAUACAAUGAAAACACCGGAAGAAUGCCGCAAGCUAUUGUCCACAGCAAAAGGCACAUUUUUGACAGCCCUGGAUGCUGCUAAAAAGGAUGAGAUCGAUGAUCAUGUUAAAUUUGAGAUUGUACAUUACCUUCAGGCGUUGCUGGUUCUGAAAUACUUGCAGAGACCAGGGGUUGUACAGAACAUGAAAAUAAGUACAUAUUGACAUAAGGACUUUGGUAAAAUGUUAGAGUAGAUGAUUCUCCAAAAUAACUCUUACUCCUAGAUCACUGAAUAAAAAUAGAAUUCACCACAGAUACGCCAGUGGUAAUACACAGAUACGUUUAACUGUCAUUGGUGUAGCAGAGCACAAGACAACAACACAAGUGGCUGCUUUCGCCUUGACAGAAGAGGAAGAAAAGUGGUUCGACGUGUAUUCUCACAUAAGACCGAGACUGGUGCGUGACAACUCCCCCCACAGACAUCUUUUUCUUAUCAUCAACUGGGAAGAAACUUCAUAGUGUUUCAAAUGACCUGUGGCGAUACCACCAAAGGUACAACAUUCCAAAUGUGUGCGAGACAUUUACUGUGUCACAAUACACAGACUCCGAGAGGCAUCUGUUUGCUAAGUAUUUGGCACAUACUAAUGCGACAGCAGAGAGGAACUACCGGGAGGUGCAAGCAGCAGCAGGUGCAAGCAGCAGUCAUGAGAGUCAAGCAGGCACCUCAAGAAGCGUAGAAGCCCCAACUGCAGUUGAAAAACCUCCCACACCAUCUUUCGAAAGUGGACGUAAUCCAGUGGAAAACCAGCAGGAAGUCUAAAGUCGACCAUGCACACCACCACAACCUUCGGAAGAUGAAAGUGACCAUGAGGACCCAGAGUACCACCAACAGGAAGUCGAGUAUUGCCCCUUGCAAUGCCUCCUUCCCAGCUCUCUUUCUACUCUUUCUGUGUGCUCUAUAAAAUUUAUUUUUGUUUACAUUCUUUUUGUAGAAGUGAGGAAACAUGCAUAUCUUCACAAACUGAAUCAGACCCAGAGGACUACCAACAGGAAGUUGAUAGUGAUGAACCAUGCACACCCCGCUUAAGAAGAUGUACAGAGGCUUUUGAAAUGAAAGCUGCAACCAAUCACGCCCCAUUCAAGAUGCAAAAGACAGAGAAACACACCAACAGGAGCAUGUCAGUUAUAUCUCUCAUUUGUCAUUUUACUCCAUCCUAUUUCUCAUCCUCUUCUUACUUUGUGGCUUUUCCUUUUUCACUCUCUCUCACUUACCCUCCGGACAUUCCCCUUUGUCUCUGUCUGUGUUAUCAUUGUGUGAACACAAUAACAUAAAACAGUCCACUUAAAUAUUUCUACAUUGUUGUUAAAGAACUGAAGAACGUCAGAUGUCCAAGCCACAAACAAGAAGAUGUCCAGAAACACACCAACAGGAAAACAACUACGUCAUAUCUCUCCGCUGCCAUUUAACUCCUUCCUAUUUCUCCUCUUUAUUUCUCUAGGUCUCUAACUUUUCUUCCACUCAUGUGACUUUUCUACUGUCUCUUUAACUUGCUGUUCAGCUAUACCCGUUUGUGUCUCUGUCUGUAACUCUGGGUUACAUUCGAAAGUGAACUUAACCCAGUGGACAACCAGGAAGUCCAGUAUAUCUCCCCCUGCAAUCUCUUUGUCUCAUCUCUCUUUCUAUGUGGUGAUUCUCUCUGUAGCUCUGCAUUCCUUGUUUUUCUGUCUUGCCGUCUAAAAUAUGGUUUUGUUUUCUUCACUCUUUCUAUAGAAGUAAAUCAUGCAUACCACCACCACCUUUGGAAAAUGAAAGUGACCAAGCUCUU